AUGUGCCAAUCUGUGUGUUAUUUCAUGCAUCAAGUAUCAAUUGCAGAAGCUCUAACAUUGGAUGAUGAUUCAUUUAAGCCAAUCUUUGAUGGAGAAGACUCUGCUGAAACUUUUGCCGAAAUAGAUGAAGAUAGGGAACUGGACUUGCAAUCACUAAUGGCAAUGGUUAAUAUUGAUGAUAUCAUUGAGAUAUGGAAGAUUUCUAGAUAUAAUUAUCCAAAGACCUACCAAUUCGUGAUUCUUCUUAGUACUGGUGAGCAUUUAUGUACUUGUUUUAUGCUCAUCACUCAUGGUAUUGUGUGUCGGCAUUUUUUUAAAGUAUUUGUUAAAUCAUCCAAAGCACGUUUUCAUUUAACAUUGAUACCUUGCCGUUGGUAUAAAGAUGAAUAUAUUAGUUUAAGUGAGGGUUAUUUUAAUGAAAAGGUUAUAGGCAACAGAAAUUUUAAUUAUAGUAGCACCUUUGAAUUUACCAGAAAGUAUACUAUAAAUGAUCUUUCAGAAGAAUACUCCAAACAAAUAACGCGAAAACAACUGAAAUAUGGCAUUUUAAUGGGUGAAGCAAAAAAAGCCAUUCAGUUUGCAAUUUGUGAUGAUGAUGAAGAAUUAAUCAAACUUAUAAAGGAGUAUAAUAAAAGGAAAAAAACUCAAUACAUUCAGGCGGAAUCAGUUAAGCAACAAAGAGCUUUAGCAAAUUGA